GUCUGUAGGUAGAUGCUUUCAGAUUGAAGAGAAACAAGUUGACAUCAGGAAGAAGAGCUGAUCAGAACAUUUAACACCAUGUGGAGCAGCAGAACCAGAACAAACCCAAAAAGACAGCAAGUCAUCAGGUGAUGGUAUCAGGAUGUCUGACGGGAAGCAGCGAAGUCUGUCCACCUCCGGAGAGUCUCUGUAUCAGAUCCUCGGCUUGGAGAAAGGCUGCAGCCAUGACGACAUCAAGAAGUCCUACAGGAAGCUUGCGCUGCGGUACCACCCGGAUAAGAACCCGGACAACCCGGAGGCAGCGGACAAGUUUAAGGAGCUGAACAACGCUCACUCUGUGCUGUCUGACCUCACCAAGAGGAACAUCUACGACGCAUAUGGCUCUCUGGGACUUUAUGUGGCCCAGCAGUUCGGAGAGGAGAAUGUCAACGCCUACUUCAUGCUGUCCACCUGGUGGGCCAAGGGGCUGUUUCUGCUCUGUGGGAUUCUGACUGGAUGUUACUGCGGCUGCUGCCUGUGCUGCUGCUGCAACUGCUGCUGCGGAAAACUUAAACCCACUGCCACAGGUGAGGGGGCGGAGCCAGAGUACGUCUCCCCUGACGACCUGGAGGAGGAAAUACGCAACAAUCCUGACAAUGAUGUUGAAACCCCAGUGGUCCACCAACCGAGCAGUGCCAGCGAGAAGACGCAACUGAUCGGCGACGGGCACCGGAGAUAUGGAGACACGUACACUUGAAGGAGUGAGCCGACAAGAAAUACAUCUGGCCAGAACAUCCAAAAGUUCUGGACCAAAAAAAUGAAAACACCCGAGACAUUCCAAACAAUAAACCACCUCAGACGUUCUGAACACAAAAACACCAGGGCCCGUAUUCCCAAAGAACCCUGAGACUAAUAGUAGCUCCUACUGACGUCAUUCUAAGAAAAAUCAGAGAAUUUGAGAAAUUCUCUGAUUUUUCUUAGAAUUU